GUAUAACAUUGAGCUGGUAAAAGAAAAUAAAAGAGAAAGUACUUUCAAUUUGAAUUUUUGUGGUCAGGAUGAAAGAUUGAGACAUAUAAUAUAUUGCAAAACAACUAAAAUGGUCCGUUGUUCGUGUCUCUUGUUUGAAUUCAAGGGCAUUCCAUGCCGACAUAUCUUGGCAUAUCUUAAACUUACCAAUCAUAGUGAGUUACCGGAACAAUAUAUUCUAAGAAGAUGGUGCCGAAAUGUCAAAAAAAGGGUUGUUCUUAGAGAUGGUAAUAUUAUUGGAGAUAAUGCCACAAUUAAUUUUGCUUCUCGUUUUAGUGAACUAAAUUGCUUAGCUAAUGAAAUGGUCGAAGAGGGGCUAUCUUCUAAUGAUGCAUAUGAAUUAAUGCGUGAAAUGAUGAUGGAUGCUAUUAAUAAGGUGCAACGUUUGAAACUCAUCAAUGAUGAAGAAAUUGGACAAGAUGUGGAAGGACAUUAUAUGAAUGCAGAGUGUUCUCAAGAUAUAGUUCAUGAACCAAGUCAAGCAAGAACAAAAGGAAGGCCUAAAGGGAAGAGGUUAAAGCCUUCGAGUGAGAUCCGCAAAUGCAAACCUAGGAAAUGCAAAUUGUGUGGAAAGCGAGGACAAAAUCAUGAUAGCAGAAAUUGCCCUCUAAAGUUGUCAAGUGAUUCAAUGGAACAAGAUAAUAUUGAUGAAGCCACUGAUGAUUUAGAAGAUUCCUUUGAGGAAUAUGAAGUUCUCACUAUUGCGUGAAGUUUGAUCAAGGUUGGCAGAAAGAAGAUUGGCGGAAAGAAGUUUGAUCAAGUUCUCACUUAGUUUGCGUGAAGCUUUGAGAACUUUGAGCCUGAUACUAAGCUUUGAGAACUUUGAUGGUCAUAUUUUGUUUGGAUUUCAUGGUCAUAUUUUGUUUGGAGCCAAGUUCAUACUUUGUUCUUUUUAUGUUUAUCUGUUAAUUCUGUGAAUUUGGACUGAAUAUGCCUGCACUGGACAUUCAAAG